CAGACAAAGCGGGGCGGGGGGGGCGCCCGGCGGCGGGAGCGGCGGGGGCGCCGUGCGCGGCCUCGGCCGCUGGGCGGGGAGGCUUCGAGGCGCGCGGGCCCACCGGCGGACGCGGAGCGCGGCUCGGGCCCGGUCGCCGCCGCCAUGGCCUUGGCCAAUUACAGCAGCCUGAACCGGGCCCAGCUCACCUUCGAGUACCUGCACACCAACUCAACUACCCAUGAGUUCUUGUUUGGUGCCCUUGCUGAACUUGUAGAUAAUGCCAGAGAUGCAGAUGCCACAAGAAUAGACAUUUAUACUGAGCCACGAAAAGACCUACGAGGUGGAUUCAUGCUGUGUUUUUUGGAUGACGGAACAGGAAUGGAUUCAAAUGAAGCUGCCAGUGUUACUCAGUUCGGUAAAUCAGCCAAGCGAUCACCUGAGUCAACUCAAAUUGGCCAGUAUGGGAACGGCUUGAAAUCGGGUUCCAUGCGGAUCGGGAAGGAUUUCAUCCUGUUCACAAAGAAAGACAACACCAUGACCUGCCUCCUGUUGUCACGGACGUUCCACGAGGAAGAGGGCAUCGAUGAGGUUAUCGUUCCCCUGCCCACCUGGAAAACGCAGAGCCAGGAGCCCGUGACUGACAACAUGGAGAAGUUUGCUAUUGAGACAGAGCUAAUUUACAAGUAUUCCCCUUUCAAAUCGGAACAGGAAGUGAUGGAGCAGUUCAAUAAGAUCCGUGGUGAGAAAGGCACCCUGGUGAUCAUCUUUAACCUCAAACUAAUGGAUAAUGGAGAACCAGAACUGGAUGUGACUUCCGACCCCCGAGACAUUCAGAUGGCAGAAACACCCCCAGAGGGAACAAAGCCAGAGCGCCGCUCCUUCCGUGCCUAUGCUGCUGUGCUUUAUAUUGAUCCCAGGAUGAGGAUCUUUAUCAACGGACACAAAGUACAAACCAAGCGACUUUCCUGCUGCCUGUACAAGCCAAGGAUGUACAAAUAUACUUCAAACCGUUUCAAGACCCGUGCGGAGCAGGAGGUGAAGAAAGCAGAGCACAUGGCGAGGAUUGCGGAUGAGAAGGCUCGCGAGGCAGAGAGUAAAGCCCGUGCCCUUGAGCUGCGCCUGGGUGGGGAUCUCACGCGGGAGUCCAGGGUGAUGCUGCGUCAAGUCCAAAACUCUGCAAUAACCAUGCGCCGGGAGGCUGAUGUCAAGAAAAGGAUCAAGGAUGCAAAGCAGCGGGCUCUCAAGGAACCCAAAGAACUGAAUUUUAUCUUUGGUGUCAAUAUUGAGCAGCGCGAAUUGGAUGGCAUGUUCAUUUAUAACUGCAGUCGGCUGAUCAAGAUGUACGAGAAGGUGGGCCCACAGCUGGAGGGUGGCAUGGCUUGUGGUGGAGUGGUAGGUGUGGUGGAUGUGCCUUAUUUGGUUCUGGAGCCAACCCAUAAUAAACAAGACUUCGCUGAUGCUAAAGAGUAUCGACACUUGCUGAAGGCCAUGGGGGAGCAUUUGGCUCAGUACUGGAAGGAUGUUGGUAUAGCACAGAGAGGUAUCAUCAAGUUCUGGGAUGAAUUUGGUUAUUUGUCAGCAAACUGGAACCAACCUCCAUCUAGCGAACUGCGCUACAAACGCCGGAGAGCCAUGGAGAUCCCCACCACGAUUCAGUGCGAUGUAUGUCUGAAAUGGCGGACUCUCCCAUUCCAGCUGAGUUCAGUGGAGAAGAAUUACCCUGAUAGCUGGGUGUGCUCUAUGAACCCUGAUCCUGAACAAGACAGAUGUGAAGCUGCAGAGCAGAAGCAGAAGGUACCAUUGGGAACUCUGAAGAAAGACCUGAAAUCACAGGAGGAAAAGCAGAAACAACUCACAGAGAAAAUCCGCCAGCAGCAGGAAAAGCUGGAAGCUCUGCAGAAAACCACUCCAAUUCGAUCUCAAGCUGACUUAAAGAAACUUCCUCUGGAAGUGACCACACGGCCUGCGGGGGAGAACACCCAGUCCCAGACCCGACCUCAGCGCCCACGAUCUCCUCCUUUACCUGAUGUCAUCAAGAACGCUCCCAGCAGGCCACCAGCACCUACAUCUCUUCCCAAGUCCAUCAGUCAGCCUGCAAAGUCAUCUUCAGCUUUGCCAAAUAACAGCACUUCCAAAGUGGCCAGCGCGCUCCCCCAGGAGGAGCCCAGCACUUCCAGGACACCCCAGCACACUGUGACUGCUGGAAAGUCUAACAGCACUUCAAAAACUCUUGCCAAACCAAGUACAAAACCACCCUCUGCUGCCCUGCAGAGCCCCAAGAGCUCACGUGAGGCACUCAGUCCAAAAGCCGUCAAAGUGCCAGCACUAAAGAAAUCUGCCACUGUCAAAUGCCCGCAGGCCUCCACCACUCGGAAGAGGACCUCGAACAGCAUAGAGGAUGGGUCUGAGGAGGAGGGGGAGCACAAGAAGGAAAAGACAAAACGGGGCAAAUUUCUGGCAGUGAAAGACGAAAAGAAGGAUUCCAGUGAGGUGGUGGUAGAGCUCACAGACAGCGCUGGAGAAGAAGAACUGGCAGAACUGAAGAAUGCUCAGAAAGAUAAAGGGCUGCACGUGGAAGUGCGUGUGAACAAGGAGUGGUUCACAGGCCGUGUCACAGCUGUGGAAAUGGGCAAGCAUGCAGUGCGCUGGAAGGUGAAGUUCGAUUAUGUUCCCACAGACACCACACCAAGGGAUCGCUGGGUAGAGAAGGGCAGCGAGGAUGUGAGGUUGAUGAAGCCUCCCUCUCCUGAGUACCAGGCUCCAGAUACGCAGCAGGAAGAGGAGGUGGUUGUGGCUGAACCUUCUACCUCAGACUGUGUCAGAAUUGAGCCAGACACCACUGGCCCCAGCAGCAGCCAAGAAACAGUAGACUUGCUAGUCCAGAUUCUUCGAAAUUGUUUGCGGUACUUCUUACCUCCGAAUUUUCCUGUCUCCAAGAAUGAGCUGAGUUCCAUGAGCUCGGAAGGGUUGUUGGCGUUUCCCUUGAAAGAAUAUUUCAGACAGUAUGAGGUAGGUCUGCAGAACCUGUGCAACUCAUAUCAGACACGUGCCGACGCCCGGGCCAAAGCCUGCGAAGAAAACCUGCGCAACUCAGAGAGGAAGCUGAAGGAAACAGAGGAGAAACUGCAGAAGCUGAGGACUAACAUCGUGGCCCUUCUGCAGAAAGUACAGGAGGACAUUGAUAUCAAUACAGAUGAUGAACUGGAUGCAUAUAUCGAGGACUUGAUCACGAAAGGAGAUUGAGCAGCCCCAGUACAAGUCCUAGAGAAGCGCAGAGGAGCUCGUUGCUGCGAUGGGAGUUGUGGGUUCCUGCAGUGGAGGACUGUGGCAGCGGAUGAGGCGAGAGCGGUUUUAGGCAGUACUUAUAUUGUGUUGGUGUACAACUUGUUAUUGUGACUUUACAUGAAAAAGACAUUUGUGCUGUUGGCAGGAAAAUUUUUAACACUGUAAUUCUCUGAAUCAUUUCCUUUUCUUUAUAAAUAUUUAUUUUUGAAAGAAAAAGGAACUGUGCCUGAUGUGAUGGGAGGGUUGCUGUACGUUUUUAGUGAGGUAAAAGUGUGAGUACCCUUUUUGCAUCUGGGAUAUAUUCAUAUGCUAAACCUGGAAGACCAGAACAUCCUGCCUUAGCAGGUUGUCUCAAGUAAGAACCUGGCAGCAACUUAAAAAUAAGCCUUGAGUUAUGGUAGAGGAGGUCAGGACUUUGACCUGGAAGAUGCUGAAGAUCCUUGGGCUAGAGAAGGCCAAGUCAAGAAACUGAGCUACACAGAGGAGAUUAAAACACAGUCCUUGUGUGAGCAUGAGUAGAGGGGACAUAGUUGUGGUUCUGAGCGGGCUGGGGGCUGGGGAUUGGCAAUUGCCAGUGCAGUGAGGUUCCCAAAUACAAGGUCUCUGUAAGCAGAUGGAAUUGUCACCAUGCUGACAGUCAGAGGCUGAGGAUCCUUUCAGAAGAGAAUGACGUCCUCGGCUGCUCGCAGUGGGUUGUGGUCAUCAGCGGGAGAAAGCUGGAGUUAAAAGUUAUUUUCUAGCAGUCACUUUAUUGCACUUUUGCUGCUGUUUCUUUGAGACAUAAUUUCAAGGGCAGAAGAACUCCUCGACCAGCUGAAAAUAAAGUGACCUUCUGCUCUGUUGUUA